UCCUUCCUAGGAUUCGCACACAAAGUAGAUAAUCUCACACAGUGUGUUUGUAUCUGACCUCACAUCGGGGAAAGUAAGGCCACGCUGGAUAGUUUGCAACAGGAGGGCUCUUCUCAGCAUCAUCUGUGUGCUCAGCUUCAAGUGGUAGUUAAGACCCGAUGUACUCUGGUGGUAAUUCACUUCACAUUGACGGUAAAAACAAACAACUUUGGUCUUGACUGGAGAGCCAUCUGGCAGGGCUCGACGAUCAAAAGACCUGUUUAUCCAUUUCUGCGUAAGGAUGUUUGUUUCUGCUUGCCUGCUUACAAUGUUACUGGUUCCUGAUUUCACACGGGGCGGGUUGAGGGUCAUAAUCACAGAACAUGUGGCGUUAAUUUGUCAGUGGUGUUCAAGGAAAUUACGUUAUCAUGUUAUCGUGUUAUCGUGUCAUUGAGUUAACGUAGAACAGCCUUAGUUAUAACAUUUAUUUUGUGCAUCCAAGUUGAUUAUCUUGUCCACACAUGUUAUCUUUGUGAAACUGUUAUUUAAUCAUGUUUGGGAGAACCUCCAAACACUUGGAGAUGACAUGGAUCUGCUGUAGAGUUACUACGGCUCACAAUUUUAUGCUUUACUAGCUAGCUCAGGGGGACAUUUUCAGAGGUGUACAUGGUGAGAGAGAAGACAACUGGACACCUGUACGCCCUGAAAUGCUUGAAGAAGAAACACCUCAUUCAUAGCAAUCUGGAAAAUGAAAUCAAUGUUCUGAGAAGGAUAAAGCACGAUCAUGUGGUGGGACUGGAGGAUUUCUAUGAGACCCGAACACACUAUUACCUCGUCAUGCAACUGGUUUCAGGCGGGGAGUUGUUUGAUCGUAUUAUAGACAAAGGGGUUUACACGGAGAAGGAUGCCAGCAGAGUGAUCAAACAGGUGCUGGAGGCCGUCAGCUACCUGCACGAAAACUGCAUCGUACACAGAGACUUAAAGCCGGAGAACCUGCUGUACUAUAACGAUGAUGAGAAUGCAAAGAUCAUGAUCAGUGACUUCGGUCUGUCUAAGGCAGUGGAGCACGGCGUGAUGUCCACAGCGUGCGGGACCCCAGGAUACGUAGCCCCUGAGGUUUUGGCGCAGAGACCCUACAAUAAAGUAGUGGACUGCUGGUCCAUUGGAGUCAUCACUUACAUCCUACUCUGCGGCUACCCUCCAUUCUUCGAAGAUAACGAGACUCGUCUGUUUUCAAAGAUUAUGAGAGCGGAGUACGCGUUUCAUUCACCUUUCUGGGAUGACAUCUCUGAGUCAGCCAAAGACUUCAUCAGAAAUAUGAUGGAGAAGAACCCCAGCAAACGCUUCCUCACCGAACAGGCACUCAGGCAUCCUUGGAUUGCUGAAAACACAGCUAAGGACAUCGACAUUUAUCAGUCUGUCUGUGAACAGCUGGGGAAGAACUUUGCCAAAUCCAAGUGGAAGCGAGCGUUCAAUGCGGCCACAGUGAUCCAUCACAUGAAGAAACUGUCCCAGAGUGAUUCCUCGCCCUCCCCCUGCUCCACGCCCGACCUAGCUGUACAGUUAGGCUCUCAGGACGACCUGGAUGUGCUGGAACCCUGCUUCGAUGAGCCCGACACUCUUGACCCUAAUGGGAAUCCUGUUGUACCCAUCAGUAAUCCUGAUCUCACAGAUAAUGACUCGAGGGAAGUCAGCUCGGGGAGUGAAGAUUCUCUCAGGCCAUCGAAGAGUGUGAAUGCUGUGGCUGAGGGAAAGGACCAAGCUAUCCAGUCUGGAGUGUGUUCUGUCAUGUGAUUGGCUGUCUGACCUGAGGUGAAUCUCAUGCAGUCAAUCUCCUGGAUGUGUGGCCCUCAUCCGUCUUGGCAUGAAGGCGUCUGUUCAUCUACGGAUCAGCUUUUUCAUGUCUUUUGUGGUCUUUGGCUACAGAGAACACCACGGACAGACACGUGCUAUCUACACUGUAAAAAAUGUCUGUCUUUAUUCAGUCAACACCACAUAAACAGGCACAUGAAGGAAUUCACUUUCUAAAAAAAAGCUGUUCCAAAGGUGAUAUCUAUAUUCUCCAAUUGUGUAUUGUAUAUUACUUUGAACAAGUCAUAUAUAUCCCAUUAUAUACACUUUACCAUGUAUUUAUUUUCCAUAGAGGUAGCUAACAUUGGGAAUACAGUGUGAACGCUUUUUAAGGAUAUACUUGAGGUGUUUUGAGAUUGACCCGGCUCUAAUUUGUUGUAUGUAUUGCUGCAUUAAGAUACUGUAUUUGUAUACACUGCUGGACACUGUGACACAACCCGGGGUGGGAAUUCUUUUUGUGUAAGAGAUUAAACUUUACUGUGAGGGGGAGUCACUGACUCGCAGCGACCGGGGGUCUGCUGUGUUUCCUGUGACAUGCUCUAAAGCUGCUGUGUUGUCAAAAAAACUGAACUCAUUAAGUGCCACAAACUGAUGUCAACAAUGGUGAUGUUAUAUAUGAUUCUGAAUUCACAAAUGUAGUGACAGACAUGUAUCUUUUUUUUUUGUAUUAUUUCCUGCACAAAUUUAUUUAGUCUUCAAGGUAUUUGUCGAGUCUGGCCAUCACAACGAUGCAGGACUCUUACAAAACUUUACACAGAAAUCAGAAAGUAUUGACAAGGCUUUAUUUAAAUACUGUGGAUUCUGGACAAACAGACAAAUAAAUAAUGUAACAUUCACCCUUUCUGCACUUGUGACAAAUAAAAAAAUUCUGGUGCAACAUU